AUGGCGUAUCACACCCGCCCGGGAAAGGGCUCUGGUCCUGUGUUUCUCCGUCCGUCGCCAGAGUCAAGCGGUAGUUCGUCGAACUCUGUCUGUCCUGUAUGCAAGAACUGGUCUCUUGAGCGAUGGACGACACCGUCAUAUGGCCGACGACAGAGCCCCGGAGCGCCGAUGAGAGUCGACUUUUUUCAGGUGGCCGAGUCGGCCUACGAGGAGCAGUGCCGGUUCUGCUACGUCAUAUACUAUUCGCUCCUGGCCAUGGGUUGCGAUGUGCAAAUCCAUGGCUACUCGGUCCUGUCUCUCCAUGCAAAGCCGAACGCCCCCUUCUACGUUCUCUGGGAUGAUGCUCGGGUUGGCCGCAGCGUCGUCGAGGUGUUCCGUGAAAAGGACGCAGGCUGUCUGCUGGACAUGCUUGGGUCAGCAACACCCCUACGCGAGGAUCUUCGCGAUCCAGGACUCUACGACGAAAUACGACAGCUUCUCCACGAGUGCGAAGAGGAGCACCCUGCGUGUUCACAGGUCACUGGUGAGCUGCCGCGGCGGCUGCUGCAUGUUGGGCCCGCAGCCCGUCCCGAUCUCCGCGUGACAGCCAGUUUCCCAGAAGAUGCGCGAUACAUUGCUCUGAGCCACUGCUGGGGGCCCGACGCGCCUUUGACGACCACAUGGGCAACCCUCACGCAGCGCGAAGAAGGCAUCGAGUGGAAGGACCUGCCUCGAACGUUUCAGGAUGCCAUCACCGUCGCUCGACAACUCGACGUCGAGUACAUGUGGAUCGACUCUCUUUGCAUAAUACAAGAUGACGAAGACGACUGGGCCGUCGAGUCGCUGAAGAUGGGCUUCAUCUACGAGCGAGCCUACCUCACAGUGGCCGCAGCAACGGCAGCCGGCGACCGCCAAGGGUUCCUCGGCGGCUCGCCCGGGCGCGAGCACUUUGCCUCGCGCACCAUCGACAUGGACCCCUUUGGCGGGCCGUCGGGCGUGCAAGCGCGGCGCGUCUUCGACGUGCGCGCCACGACGCUCCAGGACCCCCUGCACACGCGCGCGUGGACCUUUCAGGAGCGCAUCAUGCCGCGGCGCAUCCUGACCUUCUCCUCGGCCGUCUUCUUCGAACGGGCCGACGUGCCUCGACGGCCUGGGCGACGUCGUGGGCAAGGGCGCCGAGAGCGACCUGGACGUUCCGGGUCCUCGACGCCCCACACGGACGUCAGCUCGGCGAACCCCUACGGCGAGGUGACGGGCGGGUGGCUGCGCAUCCGGGGACGGCUCGCGACGGCCGUCCUGACCAUCUACUCGAACAGCUUUGUCGAUCCGAAGGACGGGAGACCCAGACCCGCCUCGAGGCCCGCCGUCGGUCUGAAGCUGCUGAACGUCUUUAGAGACGUCGUGCCGGCCCCGAGCCACCGCGGUAUCGGCAUCGACACGCCGCUGGAGUCCCGUGUUGUCCUCAACGGAUCCGUCACCACGGGCGCGCGCGUGGAUGGAGGCGGCGACUGGCUGGAACGAAAAGCCAACAUGGACUUCACGGUGCGUAUCAUGAUGGUGGCGAGGUUGCUCAACGGAGGGGGGCCCUUUUGCCUGAUUCUGGGCAACAAUGGUCUCUACGGAGACGACGCGACGUGCUUUGAACGGCUUGGUGUUGUGAAUAUGCAUGAGGACAGCCUUGUCAGCCGAGAGGAUGUAUGGCAGGAAGAGGAGUUUAUGAUUAUAUGA